CAAAACUGCUCUUUCUCCGCGGUACUUCCAAUUUGUAGUUUGCAGCAAAACGUGGAGGCAAAGUAGAGUAAAAUUUAUUCGCUUCUUGUUAUUUUUAUCAGAACAGGAAUAAAAUUCCGUCAAAAUUUUGGGGAAGAAAAAGUAAGCGAUAAAAAAGAUAAUGGUGAGUAGUUCGAAGGAUGAACCAGGGAGCGACGGCGAGAAUUCCUCUGGAAACGUGCCGGAGUCCAAUUCAGAGUGCAUUUUUGUCUCAGGCGAGAAGGUCCUUGCCUAUCACGGCCCCCGUAUAUAUGAAGCCAAGGUUCAAAAAGUAGAGUUUCGGAAGAAUGAGUGGAAAUACCAUGUCCAUUACCUUGGUUGGAAUAAAAAUUGGGAUGAAUGGGUAGGCAUGGAUCGGUUGAUGAAGCAUACUGAAGAGAAUGUUUUGAAGCAGCAGGCCCUUGAUAAGAAAGCUGGUGUAGACAAGAAUGCGAAGUCAUGGCGUUCAUCACAAGUGAAACCAAAAAGUUCAUCUGAUAGUAAAUUGGAUAACGAGGAGACUAAGAAUAAUGUUUCAAAAGGGAAGAAGCGAAAGGCUGACUCGGGCAUUGAGAAAAAUAAUUCAGGGGCAGAAAAACUCCUCAAAAUCCAAAUUCCAUCUACUCUAAAGAAGCAAUUGGUUGAUGAUUGGGAGUUUAUCACUCAGCAGAAUAAGCUUGUAAGACUUCCUCGAUCUCCUAAUGUCGAAGAUAUUAUUGCAAAGUACCUUGAUUACAGGUCCAAAAAGGAUGGCACGAAGACUGAUGCAGUUGGAGAAAUUUUGAAGGGACUGCGAUGUUAUUUUAACAAAGCAUUGCCAGUUGUUCUUUUGUACAAAAAGGAGCGUGAACAGUACAAUGAAGCAGUUUCAGAAAAUGUCACCCCUUCAAAUAUAUAUGGUGCCGAACAUUUAUUGCGCCUCUUUGUGAAGUUGCCGGAAUUGUUGGCGUAUGUCAAAAUUGAUGAGGAGACUUUGAUUCGGAUGCAGCAGAAAUUGCACGAAUUUCUCAAGUUUCUGCAAAAGAAUGAAAGCACUUUCUUUCUUGCUACAUAUGAUGACCCUAAAAUAAUGGGAGGAAGUGGCAAAGGGAAGGAUAACUGACUCAACAACUGGGUUUUCACAUCAAAUGCAAUACUAGCUUUUAUGUUUGGUAGCAGAAGCUUUGGCAGAGUUUCUUGACCGACCAGUAUAUGUUUGAUAGUCUGCAUGAUAAACUGCCGAUCUGUUGUUGCAAUAAUUGCUAUUUAUUUUCCUUUUUCCUUUUCAUAAUUUGCAUAUGUUUGUAUACAAUAAAAAGUUUUUGGUUAUGAUCCAUGCUCUUUAACGAUGACAUUAGGUAAGUGAAAGGUUGGAAUCUGUUAGCAUCAUAUUAAUUUCAGAACUGCUGCGCACUGUAUCAUAUACUCUAUAAACUUUGUUAGUCUUAAGAGACACCAUCUGUGACAGAUGAUACCUACUUUUUUAUGCA